UUAACGAGUUAAAAAUACUGCUCAAUCAUAGAAUACGUACACUAGUCGCACCACAGUGAUAGCAUUAGAUAUAUGUUAUUAGCGAGUCACUGAGCUCGAUAUAUUUUGCUUCAAUUGUUUGUUUAAAUCCAAUGACUCGUUGAUGGCACAAUUAAUAGUAUCGCUGCGGUACGACAGAUACUUUGUUCGUGUUAAUUUGGAAAUUUCGGCAUGAGUGCUAUGUUAAAUUCAAGAGCUGAACAAUAUUUCUAUAGUAUAAAUCCCUUGGCACAAAGGAUAGGAGAAGAUAUAACUGCAACUAAGGAAGCCUAUGAAGGUUUAUGGAAUACAUUAAGUAUAGCAGAACGGAAUCAAGCAAUUAAUGAAACCAUCAUUCAACCAGAAGUUGCAUUAAAAUAUACUUUAAAAAAGCCAGAACUUACUAAAGAAUUACCAGAAUGGUAUCCAAAAUUACGUAUUCAGACAGGAAUGAAAUAUGUUAUUGAUGAAACUGGUUCUACAUUACGAUGGCGUGAUGAACAUUCAGCUCCAUUUUCAUUUAUGACUCAAUCACAAAUGAAUCUUAGUAUAAUAGAUACAUCAGAGGAUGUAAAAUCAAAGUUAAUAAGAGCUCAAUUUGGAGAAUCACCACACUUUUCAAGUCCAGUAAAAUCACAAAAAAAUAAUUCAAACUCUAUUAAUGAUACUUAUACUUCAUCUCAUACACUUAAUUGUUUUCAAUCUGAUUGUUUCUCAAAUAAUAUUUUUGAAGAUGAACAAUGUUGUAGCUUAUUAAAAGGCAAUGUUGAUAGUGAUCAUUCUGAAAGUAUAUUUGCUAAAUUAAUGAACAAAACAUCUUUGUUAAAAUUACAAAACAAUUUGGCAGAAGAUAUGGAAAGUUUAGUCAGAGAAAGGGAUUCAGAUACUGAUAAAAGUCAAACAAAUACAUUAGUAGUAAUGUCACGUACAAAAUCAAGCGAUAUUAAUGAGUCAACAGCAUUGUUAGAAACACCUAGUUCUUAUAGUAGUUUUCAAUCUUCUCAAUUGAACCAAGAGGAAGAGGAACGAACUAUACCAAAAACUGGUUUUGAAUUUCUUGAUAAUUGGUAAAUAUAUGAGUAAAUAGAGGUAGAUAUAAGUUAGAUGUUUUGUAUAAUUAUGUUUAUUAUGAUAAAAUUGAUGCUAUUAGUUAUUAAUAUUGAUAUAUAUAGAUGCACACGAAUAAAAGUAUUGUUGCGAACACGCAAUGACAGUUUUGGAACUUUUGUAAUUUCUAAUAGCAGGAUAGCACAAUCAUAUGUAUUGUAUUAGAAAACAUAAAUUAUUGAAUUCUAAUAGAAUGACAUUGUGCACCUGA